ACGCAGGAGAAACACAAGUGUUGGAGUGCGGAAAACGAGUUUCCACUUGAUGGUAGAUGCGCCUCGGCAAGUCUUAACGCGGCUGGAAGUAUCUGUCCAACUCCUGAGGGAUCUGGUGCAGAAUGGAGUGGUAUGUCCUGGUGCUGAUGCUGAGCUUGCCGCCCUCCAUCCGCACAGAUUGCGCUUCACAGUGUCAGAAAUGCGCGCAGCAAAUCCUCAGCCCCGAUGGCGCCUUCAGCAGACUGUCGUGCAGCGCGGAGUGUGAGGGGCAGCUGCAGAAUUGCGGCCAGGCUCCGGGGCUGGAGGACUUCGCCCAGGAUGAGGCCGAGGAGGAGGAAGAGAGCCAGGAAGCAGACCUGGUCAAGCGCUACGGAGGCUUUAUCAAGAGGAUUGACAAGAACAAAAUCUUCACCUCUCCGCGGCGGCGUGACAGUAACAUCCUGAAGGCCGUGGCGCUGCCCGAGAAAUACGGGGACUUAUUGGAGAGGCUGGAGGAGAGAGAUGUCGACGCGCCGGAGAGCGCAGACGAUGCUGCGCAGGAUCAGAUGCUCCAUAGUUAUGUUAAACGUUACGGCGGCUUUUUACGCAAAUUCGGCCCAAAGUCAAAGAGGAGUAGUUCCGCGGAGCAGAAGAGCCAGGUACCCGAGGAGCUGCAGAAGCGCUACGGAGGCUUCAUGAGGAGGAUCCGACCAAAGCUGAACAACCUGGACUGGGACAAACGCUACGGAGGCUUUCUGCGCCGCCACUUCAAAAUCUCUGUGCGCUCAGUCGAGGAGCCGUAUUACUCCUACGACGACUUGAGCCUAUAGAUGAACCUGCUGUUGGAAGAACUAGACGGAACUUGUGCAGGUUCACUUGAAAUGUCACUUUUUUCAAUAUAUCCUAUAUGUAUAAAUCGUAUGCCUGCCUCUCUUGUUGCCAAUUGCCUUCUGUGUCGUUUGUUAUUGGAAUCAUCGUCUGUCAGUCAAUAAAGAAUGCUUAU